CAUUGAGGAGAGCGACAGACCAUCCGGUUGGUGUCCGGACUCGCACUCUAUGGUUGUCCGCGCUCUGCGCUUCCUCUCUAGCCGCCAGUGCUCUAUGCUCCGCGGUCGCGGGCUGCCAGCCUCCAGCCGGCCAGCCGCGAGGGGUGCGCAGAGGGAGGCGGGGCGGAAAGGCGAGAGGUGUCUCCUCCACCGGAGCCACGGGAGACCCGAGCAAGCUCCGUGACAGCACGUCGGCCGCCAUGUCGCCGAGUGGGGCUGGAAACAGACUCGGCGCCCAGCGGUAGCCCUCCUUGCGCCUCCGAUUCCCAGGUGAGGAGAGGAGGAGCGGGAUGCAGGGGGAUCCGACGGCUCCUGGACGGGAUGGAGAGCCUUUCGGAAGCCCCUCGCUCCUCCCCCUGCGCUGUCCUCCUCCAGCCGCGCUGCCUCUGCCUUCCCGACAUGGAAGGUCUUUAAUAUAACUCUAAAUGGUUCAGCAGAGGAUGCUCUAAUGGAUGACAGCGAUACUCCUACAUAUAAUCUGCAAAUAGAACCACAAGAUGGAUGUCAUCCUGGUGACAGCGUGGAAAGGAGUGUGACCUGCCUGCCUUCUGCAUCAGAUGAAAAUGAAAAUCAGCUUGAUGGGGACAGGCCUGAGCAUCUGACCAGCAGUGACAGUGCAAUGGGAAAGCCCCGAGUGUCUGAGCAGGACAGUCUCAAUAAUAAUGAAAGCUGCAUGUUGAGCUGCGAGGUGGCUGCAGGUGAGAACUCAGAAAACACCCUUUGUGAAGGCUCCAGAGAUGAACAGGCCUUCUUGGGAAAGGACAAAAAAAGACCUGGAAAAAGAAGUCCAAGAAGCAAAAAAGGGACUGCUAAGAAGACACCACCAGGACUGUUUUCAGGAGAUAUUGCACCUUCAAUGCAAGAAAAAAUACUAAGUGCAGUCACACAUGCUGUUGGUGAUGAAGAAGCUGCUGAAGUCAAUGCUAAUGAGCAGCCAGAGGCUCCGAAGCUUGUUCUGCAGUCUCUGUUUUCACUUAUACGAGGUGAAGUUGAGCAGUUGGAUUCAAGAGCACUUCCCCUUUGCCUUCAUCAGAUAGCAGAGUCCUAUUUCCAGGAGGAGGACUAUGAGAAAGCAAUGAAAUUCAUUCAGCUAGAACGAUUGUAUCAUGAGCAAUUGCUUGCAAAUCUUUCUGCCAUUCAAGAACAGUGGGAAACAAAAUGGAAAACUGUGCAACCACAGACAGUCACGCCUCUAAGGAAUUCAGAAAAGGGAUUUAAUGGUGAAGAUUUUGAACGGCUUACUAAAAUUUGUGCAACACAUCAAGAUCCUCUUUUAUCCAAACAUAAGAUAGCAGCUGUGGAGAAGUCCCAGGAAAGGAAAUGCUCUACGCAGUUAUUAGUGUCUGAAGAUCCAAAGGACAGAGGAGCUGCCGCCAAAGAGUCAGAGAAUAAAACUUGUCUCGGCACAGAGCCAAAUAAGGACAGCCAACGUACAGAGGAGCCCCUGGGGAGCAGUCCCCGCUGUCAUCAGAUGGACCGGCAGGCGGAUGCCCCAAGCCUUUCAGUAACUGCAGGAAAGGACCACAGGGAGGAGCUGCUCUGCCGCACUGAAGCCACGUUACCGCUCCACACCCAGUCCUCCGAGACAGCAGGGAGCCCGUCUGGGCCAGACUCUUCUGAGGAUGCUUGUGAGGAUGACAGUUGCUUGCAGCUGGCUCAGACAGAGGCCUGCCAGGAUGUGGCCAGAAUAGAGGGCAUUGCUGAAGACCCUGCGGUGUUUCCUUCCAGCCAGUCAGCGACAGAGACACUGAUUUUACCAGGCUGUGACCGUAUACCUCCUGCAUUGAUUUCUGAGGGUAAAUAUUCACAGGCUCAGAGAAGAGAACUCCGUUUGCCACUUCGGGAUGCUUCUGAGGCGUUGCCCACAGACCAACUUGCGAACAAUGAAUUAAAUGAGCUGCAGCAGCCUGAUCUUACGGACAGUGAUGGAAAAUCACCACAGGCGCAGGCUGACUCAGACGGCUCUGAGAAUGUGCUGUGUGGAAAUAAUCAAAUACCUGACCUAGGCACACUGCUUCCAGAGGUGUGUAUGGCCCCAGAGGAAAAGGGAGAGAAGGAUGAGCAACUCAACAGAGAAACAGAAGACUAUUUGAACAGCCUUUUAGAAGGAUGUUUAAAAGAUACUGAAGAUUCCCUUUCCUAUGAAGAUAACCAAGACGACGACUCUGAUCUCCUUCAAGAUCUCUCUCCUGAAGAAGCAUCCUAUAGUCUGCAGGAGAAUCUGCCUUCUGAUGAGAGCUGUCUUUCUCUUGAUGAUCUUGCCAAAAGGAUAGAGAUUGCAGAGGUUGUUCCUACUGAAGGACUGGUCUCAAUAUUAAAGAAGAGGAAUGAUACUGUAGGAGAUCAUCCUGCCCAAAUGCAACACAAACCAUCUAAGCGAAGAGUGAGAUUCCAAGAAAUAGACGAUAACUUGGAUCAAGAUGAAGUUGGAGGUGGCUCCUGUAUUUUGCUGAUCUUGCUGUGCAUAGCAACGGUUUUCCUUAGUGUUGGAGGAACUGCAUUAUACUGCACUUUUGGUGACAUGGAGUCACCUGUUUGUACAGACUUUGCAGACAACAUGGACUUCUAUUACACUAAGUUACUGCAGGGAAUGGCAGAACUGAAGCACUGGAUCUACCUCUCCUAGCAGCAUUCCAGAGACAGGCGUGCUGGCAGUGAGAAUGAAAGACGUGAAACUUUCUAAACAGUUUUUAUUUCGGGAAUUGUGUAACAUUCCCCCUUCCCCUCUGUUAGGAACCAAGGACAUCAGAAAUAGCAACUUCAAGUGGCAAUCCAGAGGAACUCUGUUAGAAUAACCCACACAGUGAGGCAAAUAUCGAUCUAAGCAUUGUGGAUGGAAGGAGUGAUCUUUGAGGAACAUACCCAAUCCUCACUGCCUCCUAAUGCAGUGAGUUACACUGAGCAGAAUCAAACAGGGUAGUCUUGGAACCACACUCUUUUUAGCUACUUCUCAAGCUAAUGGUUAAAGAACACUUCUGGCUUACACUUGUUGGUUCAUAGAAAUUGCUUUCAGCCAUCACGCAAUAAGUUUGUGUGUAAUCAAAAGGAGUUACCUUAUGGUUUCAGUGUCGUUUUUUAGUUAACCUUGGGAGCUGUGUAACUUAGGCUUUGCGCAUUAUUUCUGUUCUGUUCUCCACUUGCGAAACGAUUGGGUGUGUGUUCGCGUGUGUGUGCGCGGGUGCAUGUGCUUCCGGCAGUUACCAUAAGCAAAUACCCAGCACCUCAAAGAUGAUCUUUCUUCUUUUCACUUGAUGAGGUGCAGGCACAGAUCUUUGGAGAAGGCUUCACUGUGGAAUAGAUGAAUUUGAGACCUCUUGACCCUGAAACGAGAAACUGUGACAGAUCUGUGUCAAUUAACUUGAUUAGCCACAAAUUCAUCACAGGCCUAGAGACAAAAGGAAAAGCUCCCCUGAAUCUCUGUCAACAGUUCUGUCACGGAUGCAAAGCUUCCUGAAAUCACGAAUGCUGGACUCAGUUCAGCAAACGCUUACACUUAUUAUGUUCUGAGAUUCUGAGAACUAGAAUGCAAACUUAAGUAAGAUACAGUUCCUGCUGUAGAUGUUUUAAUCCUGGUCGUAUGUAAAAUAAACCAGUACUUUGGUGAGUGAAAUCACCACAUAGAAUUCAGUACUAACAGAUCAUGCGUUCAGAUGCUUGAAUGUACGUUCUUGUUGUGGGCUUGAUUUAGAUCCUAUUGUGGGGCCAUUACACGAAAAUUCAAUCAUACCUUCCAUAGACAGAUGUCUGGUUUUGUUUAAAUCUGUGCUUUAGGCGGCCUUUCCUUAUCUAAGGUAUAGUGGCCUAACAUUUAGGAAGCCUUGCUUUGACUUUAUCAGGCAGCAUUUAAGAAAAAAAAAACAAAAAAAAAACAAACCAAACAUGAAUUAUAGUUUUUUAGCAAGUGAUCAUUAUUUCCUGUUUUCUGUUAGGAUCAUUUGAAAGAAAAAGGGAGAACUUACUUUCUAGUUGUUACUGGCUGGCACAGUACCUCCCUUUGUGUUUCUGCUUGUUUAUUUAGAUUACGUGAAUCUUCAAGGGCUUUUUAUGUAAGUUGAAAGUGUUACUGCGCAUGCAUUUGGUUAUUCCAAUGCUAGAUAUUGAAUUACUGUGUGCUUAGUGUUUUGAUUUUCUGUAAUUUCAGUUCAGCGUGUUUUUACACUUGUAUUUUAAAUUGAUGUUUCAUUUUCACUUAUAAUACUGUUUGACUUGUCUCUAUCAUGUCACCAUAAACUGUAAUAUUUUCAAGGGUUAUAGAUCAAAGCUAUUUAUUUAGAAAUGUACAAGAUAAUGAAAUUUAGAUUCCUUAUACUUAAGGCUGAUUUUAUUAGAAGAUUAUUUUAAUGUUCUAUUAUAAAUUUUAAGACUUUGUAUUCAAAUUGUAUGUAAAAUAUGUAAAAUGUUGACGGUACUAUAUUAAGUGGUUCCAUAAAAGCUGUUCACAAGUUCUACUGUGACGGACAUCCUCAUCAUAGACAAACCUCUUCUGUUUUAUCCUCAAUUUCUAGUUACAGAAAUUUGGUGAUGCUUAUUUUUGCCAAUUUUAUGUCAAAAUAAGUUAAAACUUCCCUCCUGUUCACCUCUUAGGUCGCUGGCCUCUGUGGCCUCUGGUGUAAUAUUUGCCCGUAGGCAGCCAGAGCCACUUCCUCCGAAACCCGAGAUCUCCUGGGGACCUUCACACCAAGAGGAACGCAUUGAGACAGUACCUUCCAGUCAGGGAGCCAGGGGUGUCUCAGAGAAACCAUGGGUGGCCUCACCCCUUCCCAGGGAGGGUGACGUGAGCUCAGGAGCAUAGCGAUGUUUUGACUUAAAAUAGGCAUGAAAUCGCAACUAGAAAAAUUAGGGCACUUUUUACAAAUGUAAUAGUCCAAGUAUUGCAUGACCUGGAGUAGCUCCACCUGGUGGUGAAAGGGUUGUUAUUUCGCACAAGAAACAUUCAUCCAGUUUUACUAAAAUGUAAUUUUUUCUGUCAUUUGAAAGUACUGACAACUAUUUGUAACUAAUCUUCCUUAAGAACUGUAUUUGAGGGUAUCAAAUCAAGCUUGUAAUUUAAAAUCUAUACCCACAACGUGUCUCAGAGAGUUUAUUGGAACCCUUGGGUGCUGAGAAAAAACUGCUUUAAGGUGACAGUAUGAUUUCAGAAGUGGGUCCGGCCCUGCGGGUAGAUGGUCAUCUACUCUGGGAAGACCGACAGGUCCUUUAGUACAGGCUCUUCUGCUUUAAAAUACCUCCCCCAUCUGCCUGACAGGAACUGAAAAUGGUUCAAAAAUUCAUUCUUUUAGAUUUAAAAAUAAAAAUCUUCUGGAGGACUUAAGA